AAAUUCUCCCAUCAUGAGUCUAAAGUUUUAAUCUAUUUGUGUGUUGAAAAAUCUAGCGUAUGCUCAACCUAAUUUGAACUUAUUAUAAAAUUAAGCCAUAUUUGAACAUUGAAAUUGCACCCAAAAAGAAAAAAAUAUUUGAACAUUGAAAUUUGCUUUUGUAAUUCAAUCCCUGAGAAAAUAGUUAGCGACGAAAAUGUCAAGUCUGAGUGUUCCUACAAUGCCAGUUUCUACUCGUGAUGAUGUUGCUAAACUUUACAAGGCUUUCAAAGGUAAUCAAUAAUCUCUCUUACGAAGUAUUAUUCAAUCGUUUUACUGUUUCCACUGAUUUACAGUGUUUUUAUCCCGCUGAUUGUACUCAAUUGUUCAAGAACAAUGGCUUAUCAGUGCCUGAACUGUAUGCGUUAGAAUUUUCAUAUCAGCGCCUGCACUCUGUGAAUCUUUAACUCUAAACUUUACUUCAGCAGGAUCUCAAAAUAUCAUAUGACUGUCAUUUUUAACUGAAAGAAAUCUGACUCUUAUCUUGAGUACCCUUCCCCCCAGGAUUUGGUUGUGAUACUUCAGCAGUGAUCGAUAUUCUUGCUCAUCGUGAUGCUUCACAGUGAGCAGCUAUUAAGCAGGAAUAUGAACCUUUGUACUCUGAAGAGCUUCUCCAUCGGUUGUCAAAGGAGCUCAGUGGAUGCAGUUUUGCUCUGGAGGGAAGAUCCAGCAACACGCGAUGCUGUUAGUGUGAGGGAGGCAUUGGUUGCAGAUGAUCUCAUAGGUGCCACUGAAGUUAUUUGUUCUCGUACACCUUCCCAAAUACAGAUCUUCAAGCAGACCUACAAUGCUGAGUAUGGGGUCAACCUAGAGCAUGAUCUAAAAUAUUAUACCUCUGGAGAUCACCAGAAGCUUUUGCUAGCAUAUGUAAGCGUGCAACGUUAUGAAGGUUUCGAAGUUGAUAGAAUGCUUGCUGAUAACGAUGCAACAACCCUCUAUAAAGCUGGGGAGAAGAAACUCGGAACUGAUGAGGACAUGUUCAUUAAAAUUUUUAGUGAGAGAAGCAGGGCACAAUUAGCUGCUGCAGAUUCAGCCUACAAUAGUAUGUAUGGACAUUCAAUUAGAAAGGCUAUAAAGAAAGAAACAUCCGGGCUCUUUGCAUACGCUCUUUUGACAAGUCUAAGAUGUGCAGAAAACCCAGCAAAAUACUUUGCGAAGGUACUACGAGAAGCAAUGAAGGGCUUGGGAACUGAUGACACAACACUCAUCAGGGUUAUCAUAACAAGGGUGGAGCUUGAUUUGCAGUACAUAAAGGCCGAGUAUGAGAAGAAGUAUAAGAAGUCACUGGUUGAUGCAGUCUACUCAGAAACAUCAGGCGAUUACAGAAGUUUUCUUCUUGCUCUCCUGGGUCCGAAGCAUUGAGGAUACAUGUUUGCACGCGUGCCUGUAUAGCGCGCAUUAAGCUUAUUCACAAAAGCAUAUGCAGUAAAACUAUAUAUAUAAUUCCAUUCAGCUUAUUCACAACAUUGAAAUUUUCAGUCUUAUACGAGUAUUAUUUAUGCAAAUUGAGCCAUUUUUGAAUUUCAAGCUCGACGAGAUAACAUGUAGCACUCUUAAAUCCUUUGUUUCUUAUUUAAUGUCAAAUUUCCUUCUUGAA